UUCCUAUUUAUGAGAAAGCUGGGCCCCGUGCCUCGUCUCUCCCCUCCCAUGUCACCUCCUCUCUCCUCCCUUCCACACUCCUUUCCCUUCUCUCUGACGUGAACCAGGAUUCUCUCUCCUCCUGUGUCUGCAGCUGGGAGAAGGCGAGAGAGGGCCACAUAACACCAGGAGGAAGCAGAGGGCCAGCAGACCAGAGAGCGAUGGAGGGACGAGGCACAGGAGAAGGACUGUAGAGCGACACCUGUGUAUAUGUAUAUAUAAGGCCCAGGGAAAACAUUCAGCCAUUCUCUUUCUCUCUCUGUCUUUCUCUUCCCCGUGCCCAGGAACAUGUUCCAGACUCCUCUCUCUGCAGCCUUAGGGUUGCAGGGACUGGCUGGGAGUCUGGGACCCUCCAGGAGCAGAAUGAGCCAGACACUCAAUGCUAGGAGGGACGCCUGAGAGACUCCAGACAGUGUGCGCUUCUGUUCAGCACCAUCUACUUGUAAAACGCCAUGAGAGCGGGGGAGAGCGAGCAGGAGAGUAGAGCAGUGGGGGAAAGUACUGAGCGGUGACAGGGGAAGCAUGGAGCGUAAUAAAGGAGUCAGAGAUGGACCCUUCUGGGACUCUCUGGCAGUUUCUCUUGCAGUUACUGGAGGAGCAGAGCCACCGGCAUCUCAUCUCCUGGACGUCCAACGAUGGGGAAUUUAAACUCCUGGAUGCCGAGGAGGUCGCCCGACUGUGGGGCCUACGUAAAAACAAGACCAACAUGAACUACGACAAGCUGAGCCGAGCUCUGAGAUAUUACUACGAUAAGAACAUUAUCAAGAAAGUCAGUGGCCAAAAGUUUGUGUACAAGUUUGUGUGCUAUCCGGAUCCCGGCAGCUGUGAGACCGCAAAGGAGAACGGCAAAUGUAGCGAGGCUGUGCCUGAACUGACCCAGCCCCCCAGAACCGGAGACAGCUCCCCGUAUGUCCCAAAGAUGGCAAGGAGCAGCCCCAAGACAAGCCGCAAUGAAUACAUGCGCUCCGGUCUCUACUCCACUUUCACCAUCCAAUCGCUGCAGUCUCCACCCGCCACGCAGACCAAGUCUAGCAAACUGGAAGUCUUGAUUCCAGCCGAAGCUCCGCCCCUGCAAGAGGACAAAGGUCAAAGCAUUGACAUCCAAUCAUACGAGGCCGCAGAGCAGAGCGACGGAGAUCUGUCGGUAGAAGUCAACAUCCAAAGCUCCAAAGAACUACAGCUACAUGUGACCGUCGAUCCGCCAACUCCUGACAUAAAGGUGGAGGACUCUCUUGAAGACACAGCCACCGACGUUGACGACCUCUCCGAGCCUCAGGUCUUUCUUGCUUCUCUGCCUGAGUUGAAGACCCUGGCUGCCGACCAGCCACUUGCCCAGGAGAUUUUGGUCGUAAUUAACUCUCCGGAGAAGGAGGAUGUAAAGAUGAAGAUGGAGCCCCAUGAGGAGGAGAAGAAGGAGGACAUCCCUAGUCCAACUACAUCUCCUGAGGGACAACCUGUGAAAGGGAAGAAGCCAAAAGACUUAGAACUUCCAUUCUCCUCGGUCAUAGGACAUGAGAAGAUGAACGUUACGGUUAACUCCCUACUGGCUCCUACAAGUGCGUCUUCAGUCAUCACCUCUCAUUCGCUGACUCCUCUCCUGCUCACCCCAAGUUCACUGCCGCCCUCUAUCCAUUUUUGGAGCACCCUCAGCCCGAUCGCCCCCAGAAGUCCUGCAAAGUUGUCCUUUCAGUUCCCAACCAAUGGAAGCAACCAGAUUCAUGUUCCAACACUCAGCGUUGAUGGUCUUUCCACCCCUGUUGUCCUGUCGCCUGGACCUCAAAAGCCAUAAGGAACCCAUAGAGCUGUUACCUCUAAAAUCCUGCCAGGACACGUAAUUUUAUCUCUUUAACGCCCAUGUGAAUUUCCUUGGGAUCUAAGAUAGCUUUCCGUCUGCAUCAUCUGUUGAAAGAGAUGCGUGUUUUUGUGUAGUUGCAGCCUACAUGUCAUGCGGGGCGGCUUCCGGGCAGGAAGCAGGAAGACCCACCUUGGAUAUCCACUUUGAGGCCUAGUCCAGUGCACAGAUCACUGCGUGGAAGUUGAACCUCCGAUCCUUUAGCUUGUUGAUGGAAUCAAGCUAAUUCUACCCCCCACAUACAUGAGGGUGCCCAAAGUCCGGCGAGGUGCAUUAUACAUGAUGGAGAGCUUUAUUGAGACUGUUAAGCUCAGUCACGUGGAGGAUUAGUUAUUUGGAGAGAUGGAGAAGAUGAAACAAAAUGCUUUUUUUGUGACAAUUGGUCACUUGGCUUUCUGAGGAGAAUUUUUUUUAUGGGAUCACGUUUUGUGUUCACGGAAAUGUCCGCCAACAAUUUAAUCAACUUUAUCACAGGAAGUCAUAUCAGCGGCCUGAAUACACCUUAACCACUGGAUAUUUUUAUUCGUGCGAGCGACCAUCGAAUCAUUAAUUUAUUGGAAUUAAUUUGUCAUCCUCCCCGGAUCCUCAAUUUUUUUUGUUAAAUACCUUUAUAUCUUACUUUCAAUGAACGUGAGAUAAUGAUGCUCAUUUCUUGUUCAAUGUGAAGCUCAAGAAAGAGAACUGGUAAUGAUACAUAUUAGAUUUGGUUAUGUUGGCAUUUGCAUAUGGGGAAUCCGUCCGUGUCAUUACUUUUAGAGCAGUGAUGAAUUUCAUUAGGAACUAAAUAGAAAGACUUCCUAUAAGAGAUAGGGUGGGCAAUUUUAAAGCUGUUUGAAGAAUUUGAGAAGAUUAUCCUGCAUAUGAGGGACUGGCAUGGUUGUGAAGUACAAAAUGGCUGACAGGAUGGAUUAAAGAUGGCUCCCACUUGGCUGAACCAAACAAACAAACAAACAAACAGAAUAGUCUACCUAUAUGAGGAAAUAUGGUUUCCAGGUAGAUCAGAAAUUGCUAUUUCCACUUAGAUGAAAGAGGCUGUGACAUAUUUAAAGGAAGGUAUGUCAGCUUCGCCCUGAAUACAUGGAAGUGUAAUAUUUAUAUAGCACAGAUUACCUGCUGGUGUUCACUUGUACAUAAUGCUCAAACGCCACAGAUCUCUCGUCUAUGGAGUGUGAUAACCUAGAUUAUAUUGUUACAGAGAUUUUGGAACUCAGAGUCUCUCACACAUAUAGGGAGCUGUCACCUCACCUCCUUUUAAGCAGCAUAACAUUCAGCAACUAAGAAAAGAGGCUAAAUUUAGGCUUUGCGUUGCUGCCCUUUUUUAGGGCUGUCGUGUUUCUUUCCAUAACGCUUAAUUACCUCUGAAUCUGCUUCUAGAAUGUCCCUCCCCACUCUUUGUAUAUUAAGCGGGUGACCACUGCGUCCAUGCAGAUGGAUUUGUAAAGAAAAAGGUCUCUGCGUUAUGAACAAGAGUAUUGUAGAACAGAGGCGCGCAAGAUACCAAAAGGGGGUUCUACAGUCUGUUUUUGUGGGGGGCCUGAUUGUCAUAUGUUUUGGGAACCCACAACAAUAGCAUAUUGACCCCUGGUCUAGAAAGGGACUUUUAUAUAUUUAUUACAACCUGAAAUAAAUGCAGAUCUUUUCAUUAUAAUUUUUCUUGCUCAGUAGGAAACAGGUUCUAUUGCCAAUUUCCCAAACUUGCCCCCCCCCCCCACCACCAUCCCCAUCCUUAUCCAGUCUCCAAGAUAUAUAUAUAUAUAUAUAUAUAUAUAUAUACAUAUAUCUUGGAGACUGUUUAACUGAUAAAC